AUGCCCUCCAGAGAAGAGGUGACGUACUUCGGCGCCGGCCCCGCCUUGCUGCCAACCGACGUACUCGAGAACGCCGCAAAAGCUCUGCUGGACUAUGACCACACCGGCUUGGGCAUCGCUGAGCACUCGCAUCGAUCCCAGCAUGCCACCGACAUCAUCAACAACGCCAAGGCCGAUCUGGCGUCAUACCUCGAUAUUCCCGAUGACUACGACAUCCUAUUCAUGCAGGGCGGCGGAAGCGGCGAGUUUUCCGCUACCGCCUACAACCUCGUCGGUGCAUGGGUGACAAGGAAGAAGGCAGAGAUAUUGGAGCAGUUAGGGGUCAAGAGCGAGGAAGACGCAAACCAGGAAGAGCUUGUGUCGGCACUCAAGAAAGCCGUCGAGAGCGAGCUGAAGCUGGACUACCUAGUGACUGGCAGUUGGUCUCUGAAAGCCUAUCAGGAAGCUGGUCGUUUGUUGGGUCCCGAGCACACCAACAUAGCCACCGACUCUCGGCCGAUAAACGAUGGCAAGUUCGGCAAGAUACCUGAAGAGAGCACCUGGAAGCUGUCCAAGAACCCUGCCAUGGUGUACUACUGCGACAACGAGACGGUGGACGGCGUCGAGUUCCCAAAGUUUCCUGAUGUGCUGGCUCCCAAAGCUGAUGGCACUGGGCCCAUAGUCGUUGCAGACAUGUCUUCCAACAUCCUGUCGAGAAGGAUACCCGUCAAGAACUUCUCUGUCAUUUUCUUCGGCGCACAGAAGAACCUCGGUUCCACUGGCGUUACGGUCGUUGUCAUCAAGAAGAGCCUUCUGCCACCAGCAUGCCCGCAGCCGUCACCGAGCUUGAUGAGAAAGCUUGGUCUCCCCAUUCCGCCGGUUGUCUUCUCGUAUGAGACCAUCGCAAAGAACAACAGCUUGUACAAUACUCUUAGCAUCUUUGAUGUCUACAUAGCAGGCCAGGUACUCAAGAAGCUGCUCAAAACGUUCCCUGACAAAGUCGACGGUCAACAGGCAAUCGCGGACAAGAAAGCAGCACUCAUAUACGGAGCGCUUGAGGCACACCCUGAUAUCUACAAGAUCGUACCUGACAAAUCAGCACGCUCAAGAAUGAACAUCUGUUUCCGUGUAACCAAGGACAACGAUACCGACAAAGCCGAGGCAUACUUCCUCAAGUUAGGAACAUCAUUCGGCCUCACCGGGCUCAAAGGUCACCGGUCCGUUGGCGGCAUAAGAGCAAGCAAUUACAACUGUAUACCGCUUGCGGGUGCUGAGAAAUUAGUCAGAUUCCUCCACGAUUUCGCCCAGCCCUAG